AAAAGUUUUGUGAUUCCUAAAAAAUUUCUUCGGCCUGAGGUAAACGUCUAAACCGCUUUUUCAGUGUAUCUGAAACUGUUAUAUCAAUUUCAUGAACCGAAAACCUAAAAUAAUUCACCAUUGCAUGCUGCCAUCUUCAGUAUUUCCUCAGAAACUAUUCAAUUUCACAAGAAAACAAUAAAUAAAACAAAAAGGGGAAUUCACCAAACUAGAUUUUUGACUUGAUUUCGCAAGUUCUGAAUAGUUCUGAAUCACCGUAUAACAAAAUGGUAAACAAAUGAAAAGUAUAUAAAAGCAGACAGCUUCUCGAUUCGUUACUCCGUUGCCAGUUGAACCUUGAACCCUUAAAUUAGAAAGUAUCUAACAUUUUUGUUUUUACUAUACUACCUACCUACCAAAUUGUGAUACUAACCAAGACUGUUCUUUAAGAAUUCUAGUCAUUAAGUGUAAAUUUACAAAUUUUAACAAAGUCCUAUAAAUAUUAUGUCGUCGCCAUGGGGUAAAGUUGAAAACAUCCAAAGCAUUAACUUUGCUGAAAUCAUGUCCCAGGAAAGACAAAAUAAAGAAAUCAAGACAAAUGAACUUGAUCGAUUAAACGAUCUAACCAAAAUUAAUAAAAAAGAAACACAACCUUGGGAAGACCAAGAUUUCGUUUUUCUUGAUAAUUACAUAGUUGACGAUGAUGAAGAUUACUAUCAAGUCGAUGAAGAACAAAACUUGGAUCGUUUCGAGACCAACGAAAAGUUGGAUGAAACACUUCCAAAACGAGGUUUUAAGAUUCCCAAACAAAACUUUAUUCAAGUAAGAUCUUACCCAUGCAAGAAGAUUAAGGCAAUUGAGAAGAAAGAUAUUGAGGAAAACCGCGUAAGGUUUAAAAUGGGAUUCGAUCAACCAACUCGUUUGUUGCUCUACAAAUUGAUACAGAACGAAAUCGUCAAACAAAUAACUGGUAUUGUUUCCACUGGCAAGGGAGCAGUCAUUCUCCAUGGUACUCGAUACCAAAGAAAGUCCAAAAAAUUGUUGUUCCCCAAUGCAAAGGAAUACGCUAUUAAAAUCUACAAGACUACUCUAAGUGAAGAACCCAAGAACCCUCUAAACAAACUAAAUAACCGACCCAUCUUGGAUUUAUGGGCGGAGAAAGAGAUGCACAAUCUGAAAAGAAUGCAAGAAGCUGGCAUCAAUUCUCCCAGUGUUGUCACUGUCAAAAAGCAUAUUUUAGUUAUGUCGUUUAUCGGACUCAACCAUAAGGCAGCUCCAAAACUUAGACAUGCUAACCUCGAUGACGACGAUUUGAGUGAUGCCUAUGAUCAGAUUGUCGAAAUGAUGCACAAACUCUACAAUGUAGCCAAGUUGGUUCAUGCUGACUUGUCCGCUUACAAUAUUCUCUGGCAUGAUUACAAAUGUUGGUUCAUUGAUGUGGCUCAAUCUGUUAAGGUCGAUCAUCCUAAUGCACUGAAAUUGCUUUUGCGAGAUUGUGGCAAAGUUGUAUCUUUCUUUAAACAACGCGGACUACCAAAUGUUGAUACAAAAGAAAAACUCUUCGAACAAAUUACCUCAUUGAAUGCUGCCACAUUUGAGAGAAUCGAUCCUCCAUCUAUCCAAGAAGACACUGCUCCGAAUCUAAAAGAAGUUCCUGGUGAACCUAAACCUCAGUCAAAUGUAGAGUCGAAAGCAGAGUCUUCUAUUGAAGAUGAGCUAAAACUUCUCCGUAUUCAGUGAUACGAAGAGUAAUUUUAAAUAGAACCUAUUUACAUACAUCCGUCUGGCUUUCUUUCUACGAAGAUACGGCAUUAGAUGAAGGAGGAAACAGCUUGCUAGGAAUUAAGCUGACUGGAAGAAGCUAUUGAAUGCGUCAAUAAUGUGCAAGGCACUUUAGUGCCAUCAUAAGUUAAGCAAAAACGAAGACUGAUGAAAGUAAAUUCAAAACGACCAUUUUUUUGAAGAAUAAAUUGAAACCUUAUUAAAAAUUUAA